CACAUUUCUAGGAAAAUAUGUUAAAGCAAAACGGCUUUAAGUGUUAUGAAAAGUAAAAAACAGAUCUAAUUACUUAUACGGUCAAUGACAGAUACGUUUUGCAUCAACAAGACAACCGCGUUAUACUCAAACAUGAGUCGAGAAGGAUUAUUAUCUGUUCUACUGAUAUUAUCAUUUACAGGUUUGGUUUCCGGCUUGAAAUGUUUCGUCUGUGACAGCAUUAAAGAUGUGAAAUGCCGGGAUCCAUUCGACAACCAGACGUUCCCACUCGUCGAUGGCUGCGCCCACUGCUCAAGACUCACAUACACCAAGGGAGUUAGUAAAGAAGUACGUCGGGACUGUUUCGAAGGCUCAAUGGGGAGCGACAUGUGUAUGCCAACAACCAUCACGAAUGGCAAGGACGCCCGUCAGUGCUUCUGCUCACAGGUGGACGGGUGUAACGGCCUCCCGGAGCCGUCGCAUCCCACGCCUACAAGCACAACAACAACAACCAAGCCCAAGGGUGGCACUGAGGGUAUUGUCGUUUGUUCCGGUUUGCUGGCUUCCUUGUUGAUUUUCCACGUACUUUAGAUUGAAACACAGCUGGAUACUACUGUUUGAUUUACUUAGAAUGUUAUACGCUUUGAAGCGGGCGUGCAAAGUUUUACAAUGGAGCUACUCCUGGUUGACCUUUUCAUGAUAUCUCUUGAUAUGCAAACAGUUUUAAAAGCAAAAUGGUUACAACCUUGCGCGUUUGUGCUUGAAAGCUGCAUUCUGAUUGGAUGAAACCAUAAGACCGUUCUUUAUUUGGCGAAUAUGUAUCUGUGUAUUAUUAUUUCGCUUAUUUAUUAAAUGAUCAUCCUUAAAAAUCUUAAUAGUCGUAAGAGCUAAAAAAAGGUGAGAUAUAUACAAAAGAUGCACCCAUGUGGUAUAUAAAUACUUUUUGUAUUAUAAUGUCACAUAAUAUCUGAACUGUAACGUCAAGACAACGGACAUCUGAACUCUCUUGAAUAAUUAAUUAAUGGAUAAAAUUAAAGAUGGCGUCCAAAAUGGUCGCCAUUUCAGGAACUCAUCAUUGUGGAAUUUGAUUUAUCUACUUUAAUUCAUUACUUUGUUUAUUUUUCUUCAAUUUAUUUGCAACUCAGUUAUGUUCAAAUGAUCAAUGCAUUACUAACUAUGAUUUUUUGUUUGUGUUGUUGUAUAAGUUUUUCUGGAAUUUUAUUUUAGAUUCAGAGUUAUUGUCAACUGGGUCACAUAGGUUUAAGUUUAAAUGAUCUGAGAACUAAUUUAAGGUUUAAUUCAAAUACAUAUGUGCGAAGAUGUUUCAACAAACAAUUGAUAUUAAUGAGACAGUUUUAAAAUAAUAUGUUUACAUUGGUGAAAUCUCAAUGAUAUUUUUAAGGUCAAAGGUUUAAGAAUGUCAUUCUUUAUAUCAUAUUUGUUUAGCCUAAUUAUAAACUAAUAAUAGUCAUAUAAGUCAUUUUCCAUGUCGGAAAAUAGCUCAAUGAGCUAAUGUUUCUUGUAAUCAUAUACCCGACUUAAAUAAAGAUUUUAUGUAUCAUUGUAUAAGUCCGGCAUAUGGGGUAUUUUAGCCCAACUUUGCAGGGCGGUGAUUGUUUUUAAUCAAGAUGGCGACCAAGAUGGUCAGCAAAUUCUAAUAAUCAGUUUACUUAAAUUCGUGUGUUUAUGCUUUGAUUAUUGUGCAAAACUAUAUUUUUAUGAUUUCUAAAUAAAAACAAAUAAA